UGUACGGAGUCCAUCAGGACAUGUUUGGAAAGUCUGAGAGGUGAGCUGUCGGUAAUGGAUAAAAAGAUGCACAGAGAGACAGAAAGGAAUGAGAGAGGGCCUGCACUGCCCUCUCUCUCCCUCUGGGUAAAGGCGAGUUGCACGCACGCUGACGACAAUCGGAGAUUUGCUGAGUCGCUUCAAUGAUAUUGAUCACACUAUAGAACGAUUCACUCAACUGAAAAAUUGUACCAGCUUUUCAAAGCUGAGGAACCUGUCUGUUGCAUCGGAAUAUUGUCUUGUUGCGUUAAUGAUACAGCUGAAGUGAAGUUGGGAGUUUGACGAUGUACGGGGAUUCGGACAGCGUGAUGCCCCCUAGUGGCAGGGCAUCAACCAUGUCCUCGUCACUGUUUGUCUUCAACACAGAGCUGACGAUAUGUGGCGAUACCCUUGGUACUCAGCUAUUGGCACAGAGGUGGAAGCCACUGUUUGACCAGUAUGACCGGGGUCAUCAUGGGGAAAUCGAUGUGGAGGAUUUCCGUCGUCUCCUCCAACAUCCACAGAUACAAGCAGAGAUGGACAGGCACACACUGGAAGUGUUGGAGGUCAAGGCCACCGACCCAACACGCAAGAUGAUCAGUUACCAGGAGUUUGUCAACAUUAUGAGCAACCGACGAAACCCCAGUUUCCGCCUUGCGGUAGAAAGUCGUGAGAAGGAUGGGUGGACCAGUGGCCGCUGCCUCCAGGUUCAGCCGCCGCCCACCACCUGUUACGACAAGAUGGUGCAUAAAGUAGCCAGAGAGUUCCUCACGGAUGAGCUUGACCGCCAGUAUUAUGCUGACCGCUACAAAUGCUGCCCCCCUCCUCUUCUUAUACCUGCAAUCACUCUCAUAGAGAUUGGUUGUUUUAUCUACUACUGUCUCGAGUCCGGCAGUAUCGAGCCCAACGGCCCAGUGCCCGUCAACUCUGUGUUUAUAUACCGUCCAGACCGCAGACUCGAGCUAUGGCGCUUCCUCUUUUACACACUGCUGCAUGCUGGGUACAUACAUCUGUUCUUCAACAUGGCGGUACAGAUCUGUGUUGGGAUACCGCUGGAGAUGGUGCAUGGGUCAUGUCGGAUACUGAUUGUGUACCUGGCAGGUGUGCUGGCAGGUUCCCUGGGAACGUCAGUGUUCGACAUGGACGCCUUCCUGGUGGGUGCGUCGGGUGGAGUCUACGCCUUGUUAGCAGCUCAUCUAGCUAAUAUACUGUUGAACUACACCCACAUGGAACUUGGCAUUCUGAAACUGGCAGCUAUUCUCAUUAUAGCAAGUGCAGAUGUCGGCUUUGCAAUAUGGGACCGCUAUGUUCAUAAGGAGGUUGUCCCCCCUGUUGGGUAUGUGGCCCACCUGAUGGGGGCGCUAGCAGGACUCACUAUAGGCUUGGUGGUGCUGAAGAACUUUGAGCAGAAGUUACAUGAACAGUAUGUAUGGUGGAUAGCACUAGCUGUGUACCUCGGUUGUGUGGUGUUCGCCAUCUUCUGGAAUAUUUUCUACUACUGACUGUGUCUACAGGAAGUGACUGUUGUAGAGUGCGAUGAAUCAAGAUACGGAGCUUGGAGGUUGGAAUCAUCACUUCAUUAUGCGGACAAUCAUGAGAUGGUUUAUAGUUUUUGUGUUAUUUAUUUAUUACUUUUGAUUGCACGUCUUUGCAAGCAUUCUUUCAAAUGAACUUCUGUGGAUUAUGUUCAUGAAGGAUGUUUUCAAUCUGAUUAAAAUCAGAUCUUUUACUGCAUACAAUACCUCGAUCUCUGUGUGAAGAUCUGAGUACACCUGCAUAGGUUGUGUCGGUUGAACUUUCUGAUCAACUGAUCGGCAUUAAGGCUUCUAAAUUCUCGGUACGAGACAGACAUAUCUGAAUUAUGGGUCUCAAAAAUGAAUAUGAUCGAGGAGUUAUAGAUAAAACAAAGCUGCAAAAUUAUAUUGUUGAAGAUCUGUUGCACAUCCUGUCUUUUGUGAGCACCACGGCAUCUGCAGCCAACAGGGUUUACUAUCAAGGGUAUAAUUGUGUUCUGUGGCAGUGUUCUUUUGCUGACUUUGAAACUUCCAAAUUGAGUAAUGAAGACAAAUAGCUUUUGAAAACUGACAUCUGAUUAGCUCCAGAACCCACACCUCCUUCGUUUUGAUUGGGCAGUCAAAGUUUGCACAGGAUCACCUGAUGAGGCUUCCUAGAGGUGUCCUGAGAUCUUUACUCAGAGACGUAUCAUAUCAGUUUAAAAGAUCUGAGUUUAGUAAGACUGGAAUGUGUUGCUCAUAUUGGCUGUUCAUAGUGAUGACUAUUGUCUUGUACAGAGUUCCGAGUCUCCACGGUGUAGUGGUAUGUAUGAGUAUAAGUAAUGCUUGGAGAAUUUUCCAUCCCUGAGACUUAAAGUGUUUUACCUCCUUACCACUUGACUAACAUUUAGUCUAAGAUAUAAGUUAUGUUAUUUAUAAUUUAUAUACCCACAAUAUAUAAUAAAAUCCAAAUGGAGCCCUGAUCCAUGCUUAAUUCCAGACUAGAGCUGGGGCAAUCUUGACUUGCCGAAUCAUUCUAGAAUGAAGUUGGAUUCAUUUUUGAAUUUCGUCUCUUGGGUCAGAGAGACAGACUAUCUUACCACCAACAAUGCUGGCCUGAAAUCUAGUCAAAGUGGGUAUUACUAGACACACAGUUACUUGAAACUAUUGUCUAGUCAGAAAGACUUUCUUUGCCUCUGGACCAGUAUUUGCUUUAAUGAAGACAUGAGUGAUGAUGUUUUUAUAUUCUUUAUCGUCAUGAAUCUGAUGCAUUAAGCUGCUUGUGUUGCCAUUAAUUCAGCUUCAAGAUAAUAUCUGACUUUCAGUACAAGAGGAAUCCUUGCUUAGCUUCAGUUGAUGGGGGAGUGAUACAGAGUGGGACCACUGACGAGUCCUCCGCUGGAUGCUUGCAUAGAGUGAAACACUGAAACUAGCUCUCUAUUAACUUGACAAUGUGGGGAUUCCAGGUUAGAACUGGUCCCCACCAACCUGUGCCUGUUGUAGGAGGCAACUAUUGGGAUUGGGUGGUCUGGCUCGCUGACUUGGUUGAUGCAUGUCAUCGUAUCCCAUUUGCAUAGACCGAUGCUCAUGAUGUCAAUUACCGGAUUAUCUGGUCCAGAUUUGAUUAUUUACAAACCAUAUAGCUGGAAUAUUGCUGAAUGUGGCAUUAAACAACAAACAAACACUCCAACUAACCCUAUGUAAUAGAGAGAUAUGUCACAAAGUAAUCAUUGACAUUUCUUCAUUACAUUUUACAGUUACAUUUUCUUCCAAAACCAUAUCAGCCGCCAAUAUCAAUAUUCAAUUAAGCUUGUGAACAUUUCUAGAGGCAACAAAGGACAUCUUAGUAUAUAAGUAUCAUUGAUGGGAUGAGUCGAACAGCUGUAAUGCAACUAACAUGCUUCUUUGGGGAUUUCUUAGGCCAGACAUAGGAUUGCAUCUAUUCCCAGAUCAAUCUUCUAUUCAGUUUUUUUUUCUUGCUACAAUUUCUUAACAGACUUCAAACAGAAACAGACAUUUGUAAAAUUUGAGUUGGGGGAUCAAUGAACCAAGUACAUGUAAUUAAAAAAAAUAUUUGGAAGUGUUUCUUUCUUGGUCUAUUUAUAACAGCAUCCAUUUACACGGCAGGCUGCAGCCCCAGAACCACUUUGUGGGGUUAGGUUCCUCGUUAACACCUGACAUGUCCACCAUUACACGAACAGUACAUAAUGUAGGCAGCAUCUACUUGUUCUGUAAUACUGUUAUGACAAUAUGGAUAGUUGGAUUAUCUGAGGAAAUAUACUUGCUUAGAUUUUAAUGUGUAUCCUUUAAAUAUGAUUAUAAUUAUUGCUUGAUGUUCAUAAUUAAUACAACUCUGUUAAAAUAUGAAGUUAGGAUAGGGGUCCUUUUUAGUGCACUGGAAAUGUCAGAUUUGCAGAAAUGUUUUAAAUAAGGUAUGAAAAUUAUCAGACAUGUUCAACCAGCCAUUUUUCAUGGACAUUACAUGAUUUAAUACACAAGUAAACCUAAAUGAGUAAAAAGGGCUCUUUUUUAAAAACUUUUAAAGAACAUCCAAGUCCAUGACCAAGAUGACUUCCAUCCCAAAUGUUUGUACUGUUUUUAUCUAUGGUUCCUCAGAAAAUCAGCUGGGGUCAAAUACUUGCUCAUGUCCAUAUUUUA